AUGCAACCACUUUCGAUUCCUGAAUGGAAGUGGGAGCAUAUUACAAUGGGAUUUGUUUUCAAACUUCCACGUACUUCUAAGGGACAUGAUGGAAUUUCGGUGAUAGUUGAUCGACUCACCAAAUCCGCCCAUUUCCUACCUAUCAAGGAGACCUAUUAUUUGUCAACAUUGGCAAAACUUUUUGUGGACCUGCGUCCAUUGUAUCGGACAGGGAUGCUAGGUUCACUUCUCGAUUCUAGAGUGGGUGAUAAGAAAUUGGAAAAAGUGGAUAGUAUUCGAGCAACAACCGAGAAGGUGAAGAUGAUUAAAGAGAAAUUAAAAACCGCACAAGACCGACAAAAGAGUUAUGCUAAUAAUAGGUCCAAGGAUCUCGAGUUUGCAGUUGGGGAUUGGGUGUUCUUGAAGCUAUCUCCUUGGAAGGGUGUGAUGAGAUUCAAGAAACGUGGGAAGUUAAGCCCUCGUUACAUUGGACCUUAUGAGAUCACAGAGUGCAUUGGACCUGUUGCCUAUAGACUUGCCUUACCCCCAGAAUUAUCUCGAAUCCACGACGUGUUCCAUGUAUCCAUGUUACGGAAGUACAUGCCAGAUCCUUCCCAUGUUCUGGAGCACCAAUCUUUGAUUUGCAAGAAUAUUUGA